CCUCGUGAUUAUUGCCACUGAACUCAGCUCGGGCCAAAUAGUGCUGAAUUUCCAAGUAAUUUUUGCCUGAAAAAUGCUGUUUGAUACCAUUUCUGCCUAAAGUUAGCUUUGCAACAUCAAAACUCCUUGCAAUAUUAGCUCUGUGUGCUGAAAUUGGCAGUAACCAUGUGGUGGACUCUGAGUGCUCAGAUUUGCAGCAUGCAACCACCCAUAUUUUUGCAGUGAUGCAGCUCCUUCAUGACAUCUGACCAGCACACUUCAUGAUGGCAUCACUACUAAUGGAAGCACACUUCUGGACCCACAGUGAAGAUGUCAUUGUUCAUCCAGAUGAUGUUGGUGCAUUCAAGUUUCAUGACAAGACGGAGAGCUCAGGCGUGAAGUCCACCCACCAGCGGAUCAAGGAGUCGUACGCCGACGCUCGAGGCAUCACCACGCGCCUGGCCAACAAGCGACGCACGCGCGACCGCGACUCGUUCAAACAGCUCGAGGAGCUGCUGGACACGCAGAAGCUGAGCUACCAGAGCUGGCACCACCUGAACCUGCUGCUGCUGCUGUUCGAGUCCGGCACGCUGGUCACCCUCUGGGUCAACUUCCAGACGGGAAACGUCGACCGGCUGCUCAUCGACAAGACGCUGGUGGGCAAGAUGGGCUCCGACCAGGUGGUCAGCGCCGUGCUCACUGAGCUGUUCAUGCUGCUGACGCACCCGGAGAACCGCAUCACGCUGCUGGCGCUGCAGCGGCCGGUCUGCUGGGAGCGCUGGGGCCGGCUGUCGGUGCUCGAGCCGCGCGCCACCGUGGCGCAGCAGGUGGCCGUGUGGUGGAGCGCCGCCGUGGGCGAGAUCCAACCGUGGACGCCGUCCGGCCGCGACCAGGACCGCGCCAACGUGCUGGUGUACGGCGUGUCAACCGGACCGCCGUCCUCGCCGGCCGCCGACACCGGCCAGGCCUCGCCGGAUGGCACGCGUCUGGAGCUGUUGAGCUACUGCAAGACGCACCACGACCCGCUGCUGGUGCAGUUCAGCCACCUGCGGCCCGACACGCUCUACACGGUGGAGCAGAGCCUCACCAACACGGACGAGGUGCUGGUCGAGCACAGCACGUACGACAUCUCGUCUGCCACCUGUCAACAGCUGACUGCCAUCACCAUCCCAUUAACGUCGGAGGUGCUGUGCGCCGCCCUCUCUCCGGACGAGAGGCGCCUCCUGCUGGGCUGCGCUGACAACUCGCUGCUACUGCACAACUGCGCCCGCCAGAUGACGCACAUGGUCCAGAUACAGAUGACGCCGUGUCGCGCUGCCUGGCACCCGCACAGCACGCUGGCGUUCGUCAGCAGCGAGACGGGCCAGCUGCGCUGCUACGACCUGGCGCUCUCUCAGCUGCCGCUGCAGCUGCUGGGGCAUGGCCACGCGGCGGCUUCGACCGCCACCUGGACCCCGGCCGUGACCCCGGCGUCGGCCGCGGUCCAGGGACCGCGGACCGGCCUCGGGCUCGGACAGUACUUCAGGUUCAAGCCACGGGUGUCACGCCUGCUGCACUGUCCGGAGGUCAUGUCCCAGGAGGGGCACGUGCUGCAGUCGCUGCUCGUCACGUUCGUCCGGGGCCCGAUGGCGCUACUCUGCCUCCAGGUCAGCCGACCCAACAAGGGCCGCGUCCAUCCUAGUGACGUCAUCAGCGAUUACGUCAGCGAGCGGCGGCUGGACGCGGCCAUCAACCUGCUGGCGUCGCUGAACUGGGAGCAGCAAGGCGACGAGGCGCUCGCCGGGCUCUACAUGAUCGCCAACCACCUGCUCAAGCUGCCCCUCACGCCGGCCAGAGAGGCCCAGCUGGAGGCGGCGCUGGGCAGUUACCUUGCGCCGGUCCGCGCGCUCACCCGGCCCGUGGAGAACAUGUACGGCGACCGGGUGCGCAACAUCACGCGCCGCUUCUUCCACCACCUGCUGAGACACCAGUGCUUCGAGAAGGCGUACCGUCUGGCGCUGGACCUGCGCGACCACGACCUCUUCAUGGACCUGCAGCGGGCGGCGCUGCGGGCCGGGGACCCGCACCUGGCGGCGGCCGCGCUCGCCAAGGCGGACGAGCUCGACAACGCCUCGUCCGUCACCUCCGGCUCCGAGUCCGGCGACACGUCUUCCUGCUCGUCCGACUGCAGCUCGUCCUGGCACAGCGAGCGCGACGAGCGGUCGGACGAGCGUUCGGACGAGCCUCGCGGCCAGCCGCCGGACAGGCAGGAGGACGAGGAGACGCUGGUGAGCACGGCCGGCUUGGUGGUGAACCGCCCCGCCUGUCCGCCGAUGGCUUGCGGGGCGGCAGGAGAGGCAGCGUUGGGCAACAAGGCUGCUGCUCUCUGA